AUUGAAAUUACGCGAAACCACUCUUUACGUACUAUAGUUUCGCAACUUUACUAUCAAGUGAUGCCAUACGUUCAUAAAGGUAGCAACAAGCUACUAAAGAAAUUGAAGAAAAUAGAGUUGACUUGAUGAAAGAAGCAUGUGCUAACAAGAUGACUUAUGAAGAAACAUGCAAUUUUAUACAAAAAUAAAUUGACAUUAUGACAGGAAACAAUAAGCUUAUUUUUGUCAUCCUCUAGGAACUCAACUCCUAUAAAAGGAGGUUGUUAUUUAAGGAAUCUCCAUAACUCAAGUGUCUCAACAACAACAUAUUUACUAUAAGGUUUCUCUCCUAUAUUGAAAAGGAAAAUGUCUCGAUCAUAUGUUGUGGGACUCAUUGUGAUUUUGUUGGUAAUUGUAGUAGAGGCUACUCCCCCUGGAAUAGCUGAUCAUCCAAGCCAUUCUCAUUGCUCUGACGAUGAGAUCAAAAAGUGCAAAAAUCUCCCACAUGUUUGUCCCAAAUUCUGUCCCAAUGGCUGCAUAACCGAGUGUCGUUCUUGUAAACCUAUCUGUAUUGAUGGUCCAUCACCAUCACCUCCACCUCCAACUCCCUAUCACCCCCAUCCACCACAAUCCCCACCUCCAACUCCUGGUCACCCCCAUCCACCAAAAUCCCCAAAGAAGGUUAAGUGCAAAAGCAAGGACAAGAAACAUAGCAAAUGUUACAAUCAAGAACAUACAUGCCCUAGCACUUGCCCUGGUACUUGUAAAGUUGAUUGUGUCUCUUGCAAACCUGUUUGCAGUUGUGACAAGCCUGGAGCAGUUUGUCAAGAUCCACGUUUCAUUGGUGCUGAUGGAAUUACUUUCUACUUCCACGGCAAGAAGGACAAAGAUUUUUGCUUAGUCUCAGACUCUAACCUCCACAUCAAUGGCCACUUCAUAGGAAAAAGAAACGAAAACAUGAAGAGAGACUUCACUUGGGUUCAAGCCAUUGGCAUCCUAUAUGACACUCACAACAUCUCAGUUGGAGCACUAAAGACAGCAACAUGGGAUGAUGCAAUCGAUCGUCUUUACCUAAACUUUGAUGGUGAAUCUAUUCUUCUACCUGAAAAUGAAGGCGCGAGGUGGCAGUCAGAAACUAGACCAACGACCUCUAUUACCCGAACAAGUGACACCAAUGAAAUUAUAAUCGAAGUUGAAAACAUUUUGAAGAUUACAGCAAAGGUGGUGCCUAUUACUGAGGAAGAAUCGCGAGUUCAUAAUUAUGGGAUAACAGAAGAUGAUUGUUUUGCUCAUCUUGAACUUGGGUUCAAAUUUUUCGCGCUGAGUGAUGAGGUGAGUGGUGUUUUGGGACAAACUUAUAGAAGGAAUUAUGUGAGCAGAGUGAAAAUGGGUGUUUUGAUGCCUGUAAUGGGAGGUGACAAAGAGUUUUCAGCUUCAGGAUUAUUUAAUGCUGAUUGCUCUGUGGCUAAGUUUCAAGCAGUAAAUGAAGGUUUGUUGAAUAAUUUGGAGAUUCCCAACUUGAAAUGUAGCAGUGGAAUGUCUGGACGUGGAGUUGUGUGCAGGCGCUAGAAUUUUCUUGUGUUCAUGAUUGAUCACUAGAAAUUAAAAGAAAUAAGGUUGAUUAUCUACCAAUGGGAUGUAUCAAAAACUAUGUAUUAUGAAAAUUUAUAAUUUGCAUUAAACAUCAAAUAACAUUAUCGUUUUGCUCUUUUAUAUUUUGAAAAAGUUUAUGUAAUUGACUUUUUUUUAAAAAAAAAGUGUUGUGGUCAAAUAAGAUUAUUGUUUUGCUCUUUCAUAUUUGUAAAAUAUUAAAAAUUGGGGUGAGAGAGGCUCGAACUCUCGACCUCAGGAUUACUCAGAAGCUAUGAGACCUACGCGCUA